UUUGGGCCCUAUGAGGGAGACCUGGUGGACAGAGAUGAAGCAAUAAACAGUGGAUACUCUUGGGUGAUAUACAGGAGCAAUGGAUGUGAGGAAUACGUAGAUGGCAAGAGAGAAUUGUAUUCUAACUAGAUGAGGUAUGUGAAUUGUGCUCGUAAUGGUGAAGAGCAUAAUCUCGUGGCGUUUCAGUAUGGUGGCGGGAUUCUGUACCGUUGCUCUAGACCCAUCAAUCCAGGACAAGAGCUUUUGGUGUGGUACGAAGAGGAGUAUGCCAGACGCCUUGGCCUUGUGUUCGAAUACUUCUGGAACAUAAAGAGCUCCAUAAAUGAAAAGAGCAAUUCCCCGUUGCAAGUUUUCUCCUGCUCCUGGUGUCCACUUUUAUAUACAUCCGAAACAUCCCUCAGCGAACACAUCAAGCGAUGCCACUGUGAAGAAUCGGAGAUGCCACAGAAAACAGUCGAGACAACAAGCUCUACUAGUCAGCAAAAGUCUUCUGCUACUCUCUGCAUUAACACCUCUGGCACCCACCUUCAGAAAAAAGUCUUCCAAUGCUCAAAUUGUGAAAAAAGUUUUUCUCACCUGAGUAAUUUCCAAAUACACAUGCGCGUCCACACCGGAGAGAAGCCGUAUCGGUGUUCCGAGUGCGGGAAAAGUUUCGCUCAACAGAACAAUCUUCAGUCACAUCAACGCAUUCACGCGGGCGAGAAGCCGUAUCAGUGUUCGCAGUGCGGGAAGAGUUUUAAUCGAGAGGACAACCUCCGAAUUCACCGGCGCAUCCAUACAGGAGAGAAACCGUACUGCUGCGGAGUGUGUCCCAAGAGUUUUGCUCACCGGAGCGCUCUUCGAAUACACCGGCGCGUCCACACAGGAGAGAAGCCGUAUCAGUGUCCGCACUGCCCGAAGAGUUUUUCUCAACUGACUCAUCUGCAACAGCACAAGCUCACGCACAACAGGGAAAAGCCGUACCAGUGUUUAAGCUGUAAGAAGUGUUUUACUCAGCAAUGCUAUCUCCAAGCACACCAGCGCAUACACACGGGAGAGAAGCCGUAUUGCUGUACGCACUGCGGGAAGAGUUUUACACACCGGAGCACCCUGCGGCGACACGGGCGCGUUCACACCGGAGACAAGCCGUAUCAGUGCUCGCACUGCGAAAAGAGCUUCUCUCACAUGAGCACGUUCCAGAUACACCAGCGUACUCACACAGGAGAGAAGCCGUGCGAGUGUUCGGAGUGCGGGAAACGUUUUACGCACCGACAAGCCCUGCUACAACACCAGCGCACUCACACAGGACAGAAGCCGUAUCGCUGCUCGCAGUGCGAGAAGAGUUUCCGUAACCAGAGUCAUCUCCGACGACACCAGCGCACUCACACAGGAGAAAAGCCACAUUACUGCUCACGGUGUGGGCGGAGCUUCUGUCAUGCAAGUAUGUUUAAGACACACAAGUGCGUUGGCAUGGAGACGUCAGCUCUUCCCUAAUGAAUUACAGAUCACGAAAUCAAAUAUCAGAGUACUCUUGUAGGCAAGACAUUUAUUCUGUUACAUUAUUAUUAUUAUUAUUAUUAUUAUUAUUAUUAUUAUUAUUGAACGUUUGUAGUUACUCAGUUGACAUGCAGCAGGAAGCAUUGCCAUCUCUCAGAGUUCAGGUUACUAAAUGUGAGGAGUUUAUGAGGGAGUAUAUACGGGUGCUUUAACACGUUACAUGUAAUUAAAAUGGAAAUGCCACCAGUUUUGUCACAACGGCACACUUCCGAAGUAAAAAGCACUGAGUGAUGGUCAGCGUUUAUGUUUUCUACCAUCCUCUCAGGUCGCACAUUGGGGAGCGAGUGAGAAUUAUAUAAUAAACACGGAGGACGUCUGGUUAAAAAAAUAAAAAAUAAAUAUAAAUAUAAAAUUAAUGUAUCGUGUUGCCUUCUUGAGCAUCAGUGAACGUUUGCACCUUUUGUAAUAGUCGUGUAUGAGACGAGUCCCUCAGUCGUCCUCAGUGAGAAAAGAUGGAUCUCAACAUCAUAUAGUCGCUGUUAAAAGGAAAGGGCUCAAAUCUGCAGAAGAUGCUGGAAAAGUAAAGAAUGUGCAGGACUUGGAGGAUUUCUCUGAAGAACAGUGGGGAGUUUAACUGCUCAGGACAAACAAGGGACUCGUGAAGAACUAUCACAAAACAUUGAUCAUCCAGGUAACGACACACAGGAUUAAGAAUCAAGCGUGUGUAAACUUUUGAACUGGUUCAUUUGUGUAAAGUCACUCAUUAUUGUGUCUUGAGAACUAUAUGUAAAAAUCCGUUUUGAAAAAUUAUUAACAUUUUGCAGCUCAUAUAUAUAGAGGCGUAUCAUGCGCUCUGACCCCAACCUACUAACAUGCUGUGGUAUGCGAAGAAAAGAAUUUCACUGUGCUGUAAUGUAUAUGUGACUAAUAAAGACUCAUUAUAUAUAGUGAGUGAAAUUUUCUAUUCACCACAUCAUAAGUACAUUUACGACAUGUUGAAUAGAAAUUUUCAUGGCCAAUAUUUUACUGUUGGAAUUAAUCCUCUCUUUAACUGUGAUCCAACGCCAAAGUGAAAACAGUCCACCUCCUCAUCACCUCUGAAUUUUUUCAUCUUUCUUGCCAAUAAUAAUAAUAAUAAUAAUUUUACAUGUACACUGUAAAGCCGGAUAAGUUCAUUUAACUCAAAAAAUUUGAAGAAACCAAUUACCUAAAAAAAAUUAAGGUGAUAAAUCUCUUUAAGCCAAAUGCACUUAAAUUACAAAGCUUGAGUUACAUUUUUGUUAUAUUUAAGUAGGGCUGCACGAUUAUGGCCAAAAUGAUAAUCCCGAUUAUUUUAAUCAAUAUUGAGAUCUCGAUUAUUUAUCACGAUUAUUAAUUGAUUUGAGUGACAUAAUAUUCUUAUUGUACUUUCACAUUUAUUAAAUUUUCUCAUGCCACAAUAUAACACACAAGUAGGCAUGAGAUAACUUGAGCUGGUCAAUUAUGACAGAAUUUAGGAACAUAGUGUGAGCCAUGACACAUUAAUUUACCUUCUGAUAAACUAAAUUUAAUAUUUUCAGUUCAUUUUACAGACUGUAUGCAAAAAAACAAAUGUUAACCUUUUCCACCUUGUAAAGAAAUACAAUAAACAUCAAUGUUCAGUCUUUGAAGUCUGCUCCUCUUAAAUAUAUUUAAAGCUACACUAUUAGACAUUUUCCACUGUCAUGGUUCUGGGCUGGAGUCAGUUCUCGAACCGCUCUGUGUAUAUUGUGUAUAUAUCUGAAUAAUCUCAUAUAGGAUGUGAUUGGGUGAGUUCAUUUACCCAUCAGAUGCAAAGCGCUUUAGUUUAAUGGUGUUCAUUACUGAUGCUCCCAUCAGGAUUUUUACAGAUGAUAUGAUCCAGAUACCAAUCUUUUUUUGUUUAAACUUUAAUCAGGAGGUCAUAAACAGUUAAAUGUAAGCUCUCUGCUCGUGGUCAUUGUUAAUUGAGUUAAAAUAAUAGCAAUGAGAAACUUAUGGUUAAUUGACAAACAAGCAUAAAAUAUUUAUUUUUAAAUAUCUUAAAAACAGUAAAGAAUCCUAAUUAAGAGUAGACUAACACAAAAAAUGAUCCAUAUUAGGAAAAAGGCUAAUAGUUUUCUAAGGAAAUAGCGAACUAAGCUUAAUGUCAAAUUGAUAUUAAAUGCAACCCAUAGUAAUUAAACAUUAUUUCAUUUCUCAUUUUAUUUAUAUUUUAUGAAAUUAUAUCUAUUUUUUUAUAUUAAGUGAUUUAUUUAUAAUUAAGCACAUUUUCUGUCUUUACAUUUUAAUAGUUUUAUUUUUGUUUGUUUAUCACUUUUAGAUGGGUUUCCCCAGUACAGUGCUCCAUGUCUGCUGUUAAUUGGGUAUUUUGGGAGGGAUA